UUCACAAGAGCUGCUGUGGCUGUUUGUUUGGUCUGCUCUUGAUUUUUGUUGAAAAAGAUCUUCAGUUGGUGUUUUAAGUUGCAAACGGGAAGAUGUUUACAUUUCGCUUUAAUUCUUAUCGGAUUUUUCAAUAUUUAUUGAUAUUCAUUUUUGUGUCAAGUGAGGUGAUUGCCGGACAAACGCCUAAAAAAUGUGCAGCAUUUAAUGAAUAUUGUCAAAAUCAUUGGGAUUGCUGUUCUAAUAGCUGUAUGAGUUAUUUAUAUCGUUGUACCCGUGGUCACAAUAUCUAUCCUUAUCCCUUUUUGGGUGUUAGCUAUAAACCAAGCGUAACCUUAGAUCAGAUACUAGAACAGAAUUUCGGCAGCUCAAAUUAUAUACCAGUUUCACAACCUAAACCUUAUUUUGCCAGUCGUUUUGGUGUUCCUGAUGAUGCUGGUACCACUGAAGUUGAAAUUGUUUUACAAACAAACUCGGAGGAAACUAAUAAAGAAUCGAGCACUUUAAAAAAUCCAAAUGUAUUGGAACAAUCAACAACCUUAAAAAAUCCUGUUGUUUUGCAAGAGUCCACCACUUUAAAAAGUCCAGUGGUAUUGCAAAAAAACACAGCUGUAUUUGAAAAUCGUUUAGGUCAAGAAGUAACCGAAGCUCAAAAGGAAGUCACUGGUGAUGUACAAACCACCCAGACAAGCACAACUGAAAAGCCCUCAUGCUCAGAAAUUGGUGUAAAGUGUUACACAAAUGAUGAAUGCUGCACCAAACGUUGCCAUGGAUUUUUACAUCAGUGUGUCACAUAAAUACCAGACAAGAUAUAAAUUUGGUAAUAACAUUGUAAUCUAAAACCUCUGUGAAUGCAAGAAUUCAAAUAAUUUUUUUUUUCAACAAUAAAUUCUUUUAUAAUUUUAAGCAA